AUGCUUUAUCGUAAACCCCCAUUUAGACAAUCCAUCCACACUCCACACGAUGUGAUUUUCUUUGUAUCGCUUCCACAUUUUCCGAGCUCGUUUUGCUACAAUCUGACACCACCGAACAAACAAUCACACACACACACUCAGCCACUUUUCUCGCUGCUACAUCCAGAAGCAGGUGGUACGAACACAUCCACUGGAAGUCCAUCCUCUUCCCUUACCAGUGGUAGUGGUGUGGGAAAGUUUAACUUGUUUGCGAAGAUUACGGAAAAGUCGGAUGAUACCAAGAGGCGUGAGCGGGACGCCGAGAAGCGUCGAUCGGCCAUUGGCAUACCGAGCAUUAGCGAGCUUGAUCGGGAGGCGGCCGAGAUCGUGCACAACGGGUACGGUGGUACACAGUCGCUGGAGGCACCGACCGACAAGCAGAAGUCGACCAAAGAGCUCAUAUCAAAGUUUGAGGCAACGAGCGUCCCGGUGGCGGGUAAGGUAGCGGCGUGCAGUUCGUUUGCAGCGAGGAAGGAUUAUUUUGGCGUAGAGUCGGCUAAAGCGUCUCCGCCGACAACAACGCAACCUUCCGUUGCUGCCGUGACCAGGAUUAGUGAGAAACCGGCACCAACACAAUCGAUUGUGAAUGGUAGUUUGCAGCAACAGACCGCGAACCCGACGACAACAACGACACCAACACAAGCGCCAACUACGACGCCAACACAAACACCAACAACUGCUACAAAUGGCCUCGCAAAAACGGGCAGCGACAAGAACCUACUAGGCCUGUGGACCUGUCCGUACUGCACGCUGGAAAACCCGAACUGGCGCAUCAUCUGUGAGGCGUGCGAGCGCAUCAAACCGUACGACAGUAAGCUAAGCAUCCUGGAAGAGCCACCACUAAGACCGAACCAUCCGCUAAAACGUCCCAUCCCCGAGGUGAAGAAAGCGCAGACAAACGGUGUCGAUGUGAACGACAAGCAAGCGGAACGUGGGUUGAAGUACUUCCUGCCAAAACCGCAGACAGCCGUCCCAGCCACCAACGGUACACUCAUGGUGAACGGUGACGAUCGUGCCUCGCUAGUGCAGCGAAAGCCAAGCUACGGCCAAACGAAACCAAUGGCGUCACCCAAAAUGGGCGUCAAGAGUCUGAUGAACCGGACCGUCCAUCCAGAGGGCGCUACUGCGUCAGGGCCAAUGUAUCGGAACUUUAAUGCCAUCCCUGAGGGCUACAAUGGAGUUACUGCUACCGUUACUGCCGUUACCGAUGGAGGCAGUAAUAAGUUUGAUGAUCAAAAGCUGAAAGAGUGUCACUCCAGCAACGGUCCAGUGGCUCCACUAGCCUCACCGGAACCGACCACCGAGAAGGAAGAUCCCGUGUACGGAGCACUCAGCAAGCCGUACUCUCCCAAGGAUCGUGUUAACAUUGAAGAAAUACGUAAUGCUCGCAUUGCCCGCUUUGGGGCAGUGGUGGAGCCGGAACAACAGCCGGAACAACCAUCGCCACCAAAAACCAAAGAGCAGCAAGAUCUGGAAGCGCUCGAGAAGGAAAAAGAACGCUUGCGCGAGAUGAUCCGUGCGAUGAACGCGAAAGCGCUGGCGGAACAGUACCCGGUCGUGCAGAAACCUCCCAGCAAUAGCAGCAGCAGCAGUCUGAAGCGUGACUCACCGCUGGUGCAGCGCAAAAAUGGACUCACCUCGGGUAUACCGAUCAGCACGAAGAGCCUUAGUCCGGUGCCGGCGAGAAGGGUGAGCAGUCCGCUGAUGGCACGGAAAGCGGCAUCACCAGCGGCAGCGGCUGCAAUACCGGAGGACAGUGUCGGGAAAGAGCAGAAGACUCCAGCGGUGCCAACUGUAGAGCUAGCGCCCAUUUCUUCGCCAAACACGGGUGCAAUCAGGAAGACAUCGUUCCCAAGACGUACGUCCGAUGCUGAGGGUAAAAUCAUCAAUCAGGACAGCUUGCGAGGCACAAUUCCAGCCACGGUCGUUGAGAUCAAUCAACAACCACCACCACCACCGGCUGCCUCCCAGCUAGUGCUCACGAACGAUGUGCAGGCGCUGCACGUCGAACCGAUGGACGAGCAGCAGUUUGCAAGGGCGGCAGGAACGCGUCAGCCUCACCCAGAUCAACCGCUCAGUUCUAUUCCAAGACCGUCGGGUGUUCCACUAUCCCCACGGUUGCAGGAUCGUCACCGCAAGUCGUUGAUGGAGAAGCAGCAGCAGCAGCAGCAGGAUGAAAAGCUAAAGCAACUCUCCGUUCAGUUACGAUCGCAGCAGGGUGUGGAUCGUUUCCGCAGCACGUUGCUGCACACACCGAACAGUAUCGGAAAGACGGGUACGCUGGCGCUGAACAAGCUGCUGCGGAAUCUGGAGCAAGCGAUCGGCGAGGGAGCGCACGAUCGGGCGGCCGAGUUGGCGAUGGAUCUGGCGAGGAUGAAGGUGUCCCUGUCGGUGACGCGGCAAAGCCCGGGUAGACCGAACUCUUCGUCGUCGGGAAGUUUGACUGAUAUAAGUUUAAACGUUUACAUCGAUGAUAAGGUUUCACACAAGGGACCAAUCCGUAUGACGCUGGCUGCCUUCGCGACCCUCGCCCAACUGAAGGCCAAACUGUGCAACGAGUACCAAAUACCGGUGGCGGUACAACGCUGGCGUUGUGACGAUCAACCGCUAGACGAUGACACUAGAACACUCUACGAUUACGGUAUACAGACGAGCGAUCGGACGCUGUUUGUGUACAUCGUACAGCCGGCCGUACCAGCCAAAGAUCCGAAGCCACCGCUGCUGAAGCAGCAAAACUUUAGCAGUGCCGAGAUCAAGCUCCUGUCCGUAUCGUCCGAAUCGGACGGUGAGCAUUCAGACACACAGAACGACGAAACUGUGCUUGGUGCUAUAGCACUCCCUAAAGCAGCUCCAAGAACUGCUGUUACUGUGCCAAAGUGCGAAAUCACAGUGGAGAAUACGUCCAGCGCCAGUGAGCCCGGAUGGGCCUGCCCGAUGUGCACCCUGAUAAACCCACUCGAUCGUCCCGGGUGUGCGGCAUGUUCCGAGGCCCGACCAAGCCACCUCCGCCCUCCGUCUCCCGUCGAACAGAUCACCGUGACGCCGGAAGAUUUGACGCGCUAUCUCGAUCAGCAGCCACCGCUCGCGCCGGAACGCAGGACCAAAGAGCCGACGAUGCACGUGCAGCUGCGCGUCCCACCGAUCGAGACGCGGAACGAUCUGAAUCGCAUCUCGUCCAAUCGCAAAUCGUCCGACAUCUUCAACAUACUGCACGAUGAGAGUAAGGGUCCGCCGACGCUCGUACCGCCACAAGCGCCUUCCCUAGCAACAUGUUCACCGCCCGUUCCGAAGCCUCGCACCACCGAUCUCAUCCGACCGGAGCACAUCCAGGUGCCGGAACAGAGCCGCAUCGUUAUGACAGCGCUGGCCACGCACCGCAGUCCCAACAUUACCCGCAGCCAGUACCGGGGCGUCGAUAACUUCAAUCCCAACUCGAGCGGCAUGGUUAAACCGGAACGGCCCAUGAUCACGACGGCCAGCCCGAUCGUGCGGGCGGUGCUGCUGAAGGGUUCGUCCGGCGAGAAGGCUUCCGCCGUGCGGUUCGGUCGCAACGGGCUCGCCCUGCCCGAGGAUGGGUCGGACGUGACGCCCAACCACUACACCGAGCUGGUCAAUCUGGACAAUGCGGAUCUAAUUGCGAACAUCGAACCGUUCGAGUGUCCGAUCUGCUUCGGUGCCUUUCAACCGUACGAGGGCAUCGUGCUGCGGGACUGUCUGCACUCCUUCUGCAAGCAGUGCCUGAUCAGCACGAUCCAGUACAGCGAGGAUGCGGCAAUACGCUGCCCGUACAGUGACGCCGUCUACAGCUGUGAAAGUGUUAUACAGCAACGCGAAAUCAAGGCUCUUGUCAGCAAGGAGCUGUACGAGGCGCAUCUUGCCAAAUCGAUCCAGCAGGCGGAAAGCACGAUCGACAACACGUUCCACUGCCGGACGCCGAACUGCCGCGGCUGGUGCAUCUACGAGGACAAUGUGAACCAGUUCAAGUGUCCCGUCUGCCGGAUUGUCAACUGUCUGACGUGUCGGGUUAUUCACGACGGGCUCGACUGCAAACAGUACCAGGACCGGAUGAACAGUGACUGUGAUACUAACUUAGAGGCGCGACGCACCAAAGCAAUGCUGCAGGAGAUGAUCGAGAAGGGUGAAGCACUGAAUUGUCCCACCUGUCAGGUGAUAGUAAUGAAGAAAUGGGGCUGCGAUUGGCUCAAGUGCUCGAUGUGCAAGACGGAAAUUUGCUGGGUAACGCGCGGCCAUCGCUGGGGACCGGCCGGUAAAGGUGAUACGUCCGGUGGCUGUCGGUGCGGGGUGAACGGGAUCAAGUGCCAUCCGAAGUGUAACUACUGCCAUUGAACAUUUUUCACAACUAUACACCAUAGAGCUUACAAGACUAACGCGAGAACACAACAGGAAUCAGUAACGAAUUAGUGCAACUCCCCCGGCGAGAGAAAUAAAUCCUCCGUCGAGGAGUUACUUCGUUAGAACUUAAAAUGGAAAAAUGGGCUGUUGGAGCAUGCAAAAGUUAAUAGGAAAAUAGUACAGAAAGUAUGUGCUAAUUACAAAGAGAAGAAUAAAUAAAACAGCUAGCAAGCAGUUUUUAGAUAUAUGUAUAACCCAACGAGAUCACACAGUUUGAAGUAUCUCGUCAGAAGAGGAGUUCAAUAAAACACAGCCCUUUCAAUUCUUUCAACGUGACCGAUGGUAGAGGAAAUAAAAUUUCUUUUGACAGUAAAAAGUGUA